AUGCAGGCUCCCUCCCAAGAGAUGGUGAACAUGCGUCACGAGACGCCCAUGGACCUGGAGAUGCAGGCCGCGCAGGAAACGGUGAAGGCCGCCAUGGCUCUGGAAGUGCCGCUGCAGCACGGUAUUAGUACGUUCUUUUGUUUUAUGCAAAGCAGAGAUAGCAUGACAGUUUUGUUCUAUCUUUUCGUUUUCGCAUGACAAACAAAAAAACAUUAAAUCUUCUACAGACAUGGAAUCCCACCGCCUGCCGAACUUGUGCUCCAUGGACAUGGACCAGGUCGCCCGCUGCAACUUCGUAUGGAACGUAGAAAAAAUUGUGGGUAGUGUUGCAGCUUGAAUUGCUGAUACGUACUGUGCACAGACAUGGACGCAUGAUGACAAAGUUUCUACUUUACACGGGCUGGGGCUUCGGAUUAUUUCCUAUGCGAACGUGGUGUGCUUCGUAGCGAUCCCUUGCCAUGCACGAUAUUCAGUAGCAAUAGCAUAAGCGUAUGGAAAAUGUGAUACCACCCACCUGUUUUCAAUUUCAUACUUCUCCGAGGGUUGCCACGCCGCGGAGGACAACCGUGAUCAGUCCGCCGUCAAGACCGAGGACUUAGUGUACUGUUGUCAUUUUGUUUUUUGCAUCAAAGAAGCGUUUAUUUCUCAUGCGUGGUUGCACGGAGAAGUUGAAGUAGACAGUGACUGUUUUUUAAAUCUUGGUUCCUUCCACCUGUCGUGCAUGAAAAAUUUGAUGACAUUAUAAAAAUGAACUGAAUUAUCUGAAACCACAGUCCCUGCAACGGUUCUAUCUGCGCCAUCACGUCCCUGUACUGUGCCUUUCCGGCCUGCAUUGGGUGCCAGGCCGACGGUACCCUGCUGUUCAUCCAGCAGCGUCAGGCGUGCUGCAAGCCGUUGGACUGCAUAUGCAUUGCAAAUAUGUCUGGGUCUGGAAGGUCGCCCCUUGUCAUGCUAAGUCCGCAUCCUGUAAAAAUCUGUGUUGCAUGCCUACCAAAAGUUGUCCUCUUUGGACCUGGUUGCGAGGCAGCUUCUCAUGCGGGACAGGCAUGGCAGAGGUCUCUACAGAAUCUGUCAUGCUCGUUUCUCGAUUCCAGACCUCAUGAGUCAUGAAAAAUCUGCAUGACAAGUCGCGCACUCUUCCAGACCCAGACAUUUUUGCAUUUGAUACUGCAAGGAUGAGAACAAGCGGUUCUGCGCCGUCGUCGAGCAGCAGCGGUACUUAAAUUUUUUAGAUAAUUUGAUCUAUGUCUAUCGGUAUCUUCCCCCUUUGUCACACACAUGCAUAAUUUUACGAGCGUUUUUUAUAAUGCGUAUUUCUAUUUCGUAUAACUAAGAUGGGUGAUAUCGUUUCCAAACAACUUGGAAUUACAACAAGGGUAGUAAACACGAUUAAACAAAAAAACUACAGUUACUGGAAGAUCCCGCAGGAGAUCCUGGAGUGCAAGAACCAGUGCUUCUGCCUGGACUCCCGGUGCGCGAUCCCGUGCAACGACGAAGUGCCGUGCCUGUUGAACUCCUGCGGCCUGAACUGCAUGUAUACAUUUUUGUUUUGGAUUGAUAUGCAUGGCAAAGGCAUGACACAAGACGACAAUCGCGCAAGUUUGUAUAUGAAGUACGUGACCAUUGUGAUACAUCAAUAAGUUCACACGAAUGAAAUAUCAAAAGUCAUGCUAAAACGUUGUGCAAACUCCUAAACCCUUAACCUCUGAUCACACAGGGCCGACUUCAAGCCGGCGUGCGGGUGCUGCAAGAAGAUCGGUGACCUGAUCCCCCGCCUGAAGAAGUAA